CUGGCACAGCGAGAAGAAACAAAAAAAUUGCGGUGAAAGGAAGUUGUAGCGCCGCGCAGUGCAUUUUUUUCUGUAACAACAACAACAUCAUCAUCUCUACCUACAACAUCAAAAAUAACAACUUCAGAGAGAGAGCGCGCCAACAAUAAGAACAACAACAAAUACAGAAAAGAGGAGAGACAAGUACCGUUAGAAGAUAACGAAAUAAUUAUGAGUGUCGUCUGAGAGAGUAUGCCGUAGAAAUUACAAUUACAAGAAAAUCAGACACGAAAUAAAGGCAAUAAUAAACAUACUACAAUAGAGAGACAUAAAAAGAGCGUACGCCAGAAGAAGACAACAACAACAGCAACAGCAGCCGCACCUGACGAACAACAACUACCAACAACCACAAUCGACCACCUUUGGAGAGAGUGUCUCCGCUCCCGUUUGAAUGUGCGUGGGGUUCGUUCGCCAAAAAUAUAUCAAGUAGCAGAGAGAGAGCGAGAGAGAUUGACGACCAGACGACAACCAACUUAACGGUACCCAUCAGCAGCAGGCCAGCUGAGAGCGCUGAGCGCCAAAGGCAGGAAACACGCAGCUCUCUCUUAAUCUCUCUACGACAAUUCUGCAACAACAACAACUUGACCACUCGAAACGCUCCCCCCGUCCUACGUCAACCCCCACGCACGCACACACCCACACACACGAACCAUCACAGCAAAGUGAACGGUUUUUUUUUUGAUAGAUCGAUAGAACUGCUAUCGAUAAACGUAUAUAAAUAUCUAUAUAUACAUUAAGGAAGAGCGCGCAGAGUAUUUUGUUGAAAAAAUACUCGUGCCCAAACACACUCAGGAUAUGUACGGCAACAAUAAUCCGGGUAGUAACAAUAAUAACGGUGGUUAUCCCCCAUACGGUUACACCAAGUCGAGACAUCUCUUUCCACAGCCAUGGAGUAGCAGGAGUAACAGCUUGCCCCCCUAGCAAAUUGCGGAACCGAUUUCGAUUCCGUCAGAAGCGAAAAGACACACGAAACUCUUAGAUAGAUACUAUGUAGUAGGCAUUUUUUGUUGUCGCUCGAUGAAGGGCUAAAUGAAUGCUGAUUGAUCGCAUUGCGGGGGUCGGCUGAGACAAAAUGUUCUUGAAACGGGGACGCAUCGAACGCCUCGGUGGGCGUGGAUUUGGCAUGUCGCAUUCACUGCCAUCUGGAAUGUCACGUUAUGCGUUCUCACCACAGGAUACAGAAUUCUCAUUUCCAAGUUCCUCGUCCCGUCGCGGUUACAAUGAGUUUCCCGGCGGCGGUGGCAUUGGCAUUGGUGCCAAUGGCGGCAGUGCCAAUAAUCUUGGCGGCAACAUGUGCAACCUGCUGCCAAUGACCAGCAACAAUUCGCUUAGCAAUCUAUGCGGACUGUCGCUGGGCAGCGGCGGCAGCGAUGAUCACAUGAUGAUGCAUGAUCAACGAUCCAGCAACACCAAUCUGAUUGUGAACUACUUGCCCCAGGAUAUGACUGAUCGCGAGCUGUACGCCUUAUUCAGAGCCAUUGGACCCAUCAACACGUGCAGAAUCAUGAGAGACUAUAAGACUGGCUACAGUUUUGGUUAUGCUUUUGUGGACUUCACGUCAGAAAUGGACUCACAGCGCGCCAUCAAAGUUCUGAAUGGCAUUACGGUGCGCAACAAGCGGCUAAAGGUUUCUUAUGCUCGUCCUGGCGGUGAAUCCAUCAAGGAUACCAAUCUGUAUGUGACCAAUCUGCCGCGCACAAUUACCGAUGAUCAGCUGGACACGAUCUUUGGCAAAUACGGAUCCAUUGUGCAGAAGAAUAUCUUGCGUGAUAAGCUGACGGGUCGGCCGAGGGGCGUGGCAUUUGUGCGCUAUAACAAACGGGAGGAGGCACAGGAGGCCAUCUCGGCACUAAACAAUGUCAUACCCGAGGGCGGGUCCCAGCCGCUAUCCGUACGUCUGGCCGAGGAGCAUGGCAAGGCGAAGGCGGCGCACUUUAUGUCACAGAUGGGCGUGCCAGCGCCAAAUGCACCACCGCCGCCACCACCACCACCGCCGCAUAUGGCCGCCGGCUUUAACAACAUGGUUCACAGAGACGGAGCUAUGGAAAAAUUACGCUCAUUAUUCGAUGCUAUUUGCGAUGCUAUCUUUGGUCUCGAUAGUGACAACUUUGCCGAUUUGCUUGACGGACUGUACCGUAGGAAGUACCAUUAUCCCUACUUAUAAUUGACACCGCAUCAGCAGCAGCAACUACAACAACAUCAGCUGCAGGCGAUUGGCAAUAGCAACAGUAAUAACAACAGUAACACCAACAUUAACAAUAUGCUACUCUACCAUCAACAAUAUCAUCAACAACAACAAGAACUACAACGCCUGGGCAAUACUGCUGCUGCUCACAGUUUAAGCCCGAAUGGAGGAAACAACAACAACAACUGCAAUCAAUCCAAUAACAAUCACUCAAACAAUCAUUUGGAUGUAAUACGACAGAAUGGAGUCGCUGCUCUGAAUUAUCUUCAACAACAACUGCAAUUGCAGCAACCGCAAUCACAACAACCACUACUAUCACCACCACCGUACCAGCAACAGAUGAAUGGACACUCAUCCCGUCAACAACAACAGCAUAAGCAUCAACAACCCUCCAGUUGUGGCAGUUUGAACAAUGGUCACACCAACAACCAUGCCAACAGCGACAGCAAUGAGAUGCUGCACAGCAUUAAAUCGAGCCAAAUCAACAAUUAUACCAACAGUGGUAUAAACCAAAACAACACCAGUUACACCAAUAAAAGUAGUAGUGGCCUGCCACUCACAAACAGCAGUAACAGUGGCCUGGGACUCAACAAUAGUUGCACCAACAACAGUGGCAAUGGUCUGUCACUCACCAACAAUUACACAAACAGCAGUAAUAGUGGGCUGGCACUCAACAACACCCACUCCAACAACGGUGGCAGUGGUCUGGCACUCAACAACAGUUACGGCAACAUUAGUGGAAAUAACCUGGCACUCAACAAUACCAGUAGUUACACCAACAACAGUAACAGUGGCCUGUCACUCAAUAACACUUGCUCCAACAACAGUAGUAGUGGUCUGGCCCUCAACAACAGCUUCCCCAACAAUAGUGGGAAUAGUCUGUCACUAACCAACAGCUUUACCAACAAUAGUAGCAGUAACAGUGGUCUAGCGCGUCACAGCAAUUCAGGUCACACUGGCAGCUACACCAACAAUCAGAACAAUAGCCGCACAGGCAUCUCCAAUAGCUGUAGCAACAACAGCAAUGGCUUGCCACACAACAACAGUCAUAGCAAUCAGAGCAACGGCAGCCAUAGUCUUCGCUUACCACAGCAGGAGUUCAGCUUCAAUAUAUCGACCACUGAACGAGAGCUGCAGCAGCAAACACUCAAGCUGCAGCAACUGCACAUCAGCAACAGCUUCCAUGCAGCAUCAGCAGCAACAAGUGAAGAAGCAACAACAGCCACCAUAGCGACAACUACAGCCAAUCACUCAUCAAAUGUUAACUUCCUCUGGCGUACAUAGCCUCGAACGUUGAUUUAAAAAAGAUAAUAUAUAUAAAAAAAUGAUUUAUAUAUAUAUGAAACCCUUAUAUGGAGCAUCUUAGUGGCAGUUUCCAUCGAAACCAUUUAUACAUAUAUAUAGAUACGUAACCCAAAUUUGUAUGUUCUCAAACCCCGAUACCUUUUUUGUGUAUGUUCCUCAUUCGAACUUUUAUGUUGUAGUACGUUUUUUUUUCUUUUUGUGCUUUUUUUUGGGAUGAAUCUUUUUUUUUCUUUUUGUAACUAGUUGUAAGACAAGACAAGUAUAUAUAAAAAGAUACAUAACUAUAUAUAUAUAUAGAUCGAAAGAUCAAGAUCGAAGAAAAAAGCGAUCAUUUUUUUUUGCGUACACUUAGAGAAAGAACUACGAAAACACAUUUUUUUGUCACAUAUUUAUAAUUAAAAAUAAUAUAUAUAAAAAAGAAUAUAUACAGAAAUAUAUAUAUACAAAAACACUCACAUAUAACUAUAUAUCUAAUACCACAUAGCAUACUUGUAGGCGUGAGGACAUAAGCUCUGUUUUUUUUUUCAACGUGUCUGAAACUGAUUUUUUUGGCGCGAACUAUGCCGCAACAACGUACACGAAUUUCGUGUAUGUUUAUAGCUGAAGUUAAUCCAGAUACUAUAUGAUUAUCUUAUAAAUAUUGUUUUUUUUUUCCUAAUUUAUAAUCCAAUUUUUUUGUCUAUUCAAUAUAUACUGUAACCGUAAUGGACUGGAAAGGCGGCUGUGCAUGCUCAAGUUUUCAGGCUGUUUAAGAA